UAAGUAUUUCGCUACAAAUGUCUAGUGUUCAAACUUCCUCCCAAAGUAAUUCAUCUGCCUCUGAUAUGGAAAGUGUUUACAAGUGGGUUGCUUCAUUAACCAAUGUAGAAACCCGGGAAAGUGCACUCCUUGAAUUAUGUAAAAAAAGAGAGUCGGUACCUGAACUUGCUCCACUUCUGUGGCAUUCCUGUGGCUCUAUUGCUGCGUUGCUGCAAGAAAUAUGUGCUAUUUAUCCUUACAUCAAUCCACCAAAUUUAAGCGCACACCAAUCUAAUCGUGUAUGCAACGCGUUGGCUCUUCUGCAAUGUUUAGCUUCCCACCCGGAAACCAGAAAUGAAUUUUUGAAAGCUAACAUACCUCUUUAUUUGUACACAUUUUUGAACACAAAUAAUCGAACACGCCCAUUCGAAUAUCUAAGGUUAACAAGCCUAGGAGUAAUUGGUGCACUUGUUAAGACUGACGAACCAGAAGUUAUAGCCUUCUUACUUGGUUCAGAAAUUAUACCUCUUUGUCUAGUAAUUAUGGAGUCAGGAAGUGAACUGAGCAAGACUGUAGCUACUUUCAUUAUGCAGAAACUGUUGUUGGAUGAAGUAGGCCUAGCGUAUAUCUGUCAGACUUAUGAACGAUUUGCACAUGUAGCUACUGUUUUGGACAAAAUGGUGAUCCAUUUGGCGAGGGAGCAGUCGUUACGUCUUUUAAAACAUGUAAUACGAUGUUACUUACGUCUUUCAGAUGACUCACGAGCUCGUGAUGCUCUUCGAACAUGUUUGCCGCAACAACUUGUAGACGGCACAUUUAGUAGUUUGUUAGAGAACGACGUCGCUACUAGACGAUGGCUUACACAAUUAAUUCGCCAGUUAUCUGUUCGUGCAGUUGGUUCUGCGGCUACAUCUAGCACUCCUGCUUCUAGUGUUAGCUCGGUUGAUGUUAAUACACUGAAUACCACAAAUGCCAUUCGAGCUGCUCUUAAAACAAGUACUAUUGCUUCUUCAGUAGUAACCACAGUAUCUACUGUAAGUUCCCCUGGACCGACAGUUUCAAACAUUACAGGUGCCCCGAGUAGUACAUCAGGUGCCCAAGUGUCCACAUCUGGUCCUGUGUCUUCCAGCUCAGGUUUAGAUCCUGCAGCAUCUUCAAGUAACUGAAAUACCGUCACACUAGCCUACUCUUUAGAAAGCCGUGCAUAUUUUAUUUGAGAUAUGCUUAGUCUUAUUAUAUGUACAUAAUUCUUUCUGAUUUUCCUCCAACCGAAACUUUUUUAUUCCUACUUCUUUGGUCUAAUCAGAUGCAGUGAAAAUCUUCAGAAA